UUCAGUGUAGAGUAGGUAUACACAAAAAUAUGUGUAGAUAAUUUUCAAAACAAAAAAGGCCAUUCCAACAAUAUAAUAACCGUGAACUAUUUUCCUUCAAGUUAUAUUUUUAAACGUCCUUUUUUUAUUAGCGUCGUAAGUAUUUAAGGCGACAAUGGUGUCGUCGCGUUCGAGCAAUGCCAGUGUUUUUUCCAUUACGUUCGUCGUGUGUCGAUGAUGAUACGCUUAAAAUGUCUUAAAAAACAUCAUAAUGACACAAUAACAAAAAAAAAAACCUAAAUCUUUAACAGUUCAGAACAAAUUAAUUUAAUUUCAAAAAAUGUUAACCGAAACGACGUGACGUUUAAACAAAAAGUCUCGUAAAUCACCAUGUUAAGUACCUAUUGGCUGCUCUGGCUAAUUCUAUUUCACGAGAACGCAAUAUGCAAUGGCAAAAACGAAUGUCCCAAGAAAUGUCAAUGCCUGGACACCUAUGUGGACUGCAGUGGCAAACAAGUAAACAAACUGCCCGAGCCAUUGCCGCCAUGGACGGAGUCCCUAGAUUUAAGCAACAACAAAAUUGGAGGCAAUGUAAAAAUUACAAUUGAAAGCUAUUUACGUCUUUCAACGCUCAAAUUGAAUAAAAAUGCCAUCGUCACGUUCCCGUAUUUUAUAAACAAAACCAGUGUCAACAACUUAAACUUAGCGCACAAUAAAAUCGAUAAAUUAGAUUACGGAGCUUUGGAAAAUUUGCCUCACUUAAAAAGUUUAGAUAUGAACCAAAAUAAAUUAACAGCGUUAACGGACAAUACAUUUCCUCCGUCGAAUCAUUUGCGAACGCUGAAUUUAAACAAUAAUCUCAUUACGAAUAUAAGUACAAAUUGUUUUGACCCGCUGAACCAUCUUGUAGAAUUAAAAUUAUAUCACAAUAGACUGAAAAAUAUGCCCAUUGGAGUGUUUAAGAAAUUAGAGCACCUAGAAUUGCUAGAUUUAAGUAAAAACCAUAUUACUGUCAUUGAAGGUCUUUUAUUUAAAGAGUUAGGAAACCUGAAGACCGUCAUAUUAAGACAAAAUAAUAUUGAAGAUUUAUUAGAUGGAUCGUUUUAUGGUUUAUCAAAUUUACGUUCAUUACAUUUGGAAAGUAACAGCUUAAGCAAAGUGUCUAAAGGCUGGCUGUACGGACUGAAUUCACUCGUCUAUUUGAAUAUUAGUCACAAUAAAAUAGAUCAAAUAAAAAAUGGCUGGGAAUAUUGCCCAGAGUUGGAAGAACUCGAUAUGUCCAACAAUAAAUUACAAUCCAUAGAAAAAGAUAAUCUAGAAAAUUUGAGAAAAUUACAAAAGUUAUACUUGGACAACAACAGAAUAUCGUUUAUCGAAGAAGGUUCUUUUAACAACACACCAUUGAUACAAACUCUAAAUAUGGAUCGCAACCAUUUGGCGUGGAUGAUUGAAGACGCGAAAGGACCAUUUAACGGACUGAAACAUUUGAAAAAAUUAAGUUUGGCCGACAACAAGAUAUUGUACAUCAGAAAAGACGCUUUUUACGGUUUGGAAAAUUUAGACGAGUUAAAUUUACUCCGCAACAACAUUGUGGAAAUGCAGGAGGGCUCGUUUAGAUACAUGCCUCGUCUUGUUUACUUGUACCUGAAUACUUCAUCCCUAGUGUGCGACAGUUCCUUGGCUUGGUUGAAAGAGCCAAUUGUCAACGGACCGUUAUCGCUCAACUUCAUAAACGCCUAUUGCGGUUUUCCCGAGGUCAACCGAGGAAAAAGUAUAGAACAAGUUCCGGCAGCCGAUUUCAAGCGUUUGACCGAGAGUCCAAAACCUUCGGUUGUACUUCAUCCAGAAUCAAAAAUGGCGUUGGAAGGACAAAACAUCACUUUAAAAUGUGGAGUUAAUUCUUCUUCGAGUGCGAAAAUGCAUUUCAUAUGGAAAAAAGACAACCACGAUUUGGACUCGUUGUCGAUGAAUCAUUUUCACUAUUCGUCAUUUGAGUACAAUGGCGUAACACAAUAUACUACGUUGACUCUGAACAAUAUUUCAAUGACGCAAAGCGGUAAAUAUCAAUGUGUCGCUUCCAACGAGUUUGGCAUUGCAUACUCAAAUCGUUCUUUGUUGUCCAUUGUCGUGUUUCCCGUUUUCAUAAAAGUGCCCGAUAACAGUUCGGUUAAAACCGGCUACACCGCCCGAUUAGAAUGUGCUGCCAAUGGGUAUCCGGCUCCACAAAUAUCGUGGCAGAAAGACGGUGGUAACGAUUUUCCGGCUGCUCAAGAACGUCGUAUGAAAGUGAUGGCAAAAGACGAUGUAUUUUUCAUCGUCAACGUGAAACUAGUAGACAUGGGUGUCUAUAGUUGUACGGCGAAAAAUGUUGCCGGAACAACAGCGGCCAACGCAACACUUACCGUCUUGGAACCUCCCUCUUUUGGAAACAUUAUGUACAGCAAACAAGUCAGAGUGGGAGAAGAAAUAGUUUUGGAAUGUCUUAGCCACGGUUCCCCCAGACCAAAAAUCAAAUGGCUGAAAAACGGAUAUCCUCUCGCUCCGAGCAACAGACAUUUUUUUACUGCCGAGGACCAACUGUUGGUCAUAAUGGAAUCGAACGUAGAAGACUCGGGCACUUACCAGUGUGAAAUUGCUAAUUCGUUAGGAAUAAAAAAGCAAGAAGCUGAAGUUAUGAUUAUGCCAUUUUAUCGAAGCCUGAUCUAUGAGUACGCUCUGGGAUUGGUUAUUAUCGCGGUAAUUGUGUGUGUUGUCAUUACGUCGGCCAUUUGGGUUUUGUUCAUUUACCGAACGAGACGUCCGACAUUGAAUUUAACGAACAAUAUCGCCGAUGAUAAAUCGUUAAACUCGACUAACAGCAAAGACAGCGGCACCGGUGAUUCUCCGAAAAGAAGUCAAGAGCAGCUAUACAAUGAAUGUGUAAAUCCGUUCCCUCAAUCGGAUAACUGUGCCAGUGAUUCGUCGCCAGAAAUAACAAUACCGUUGCUGGCCAGCGGCGGUACGGUCGUGUUGGGCGAAAAUUCAGUCAAAUACCGUCCAUCUAACGAGCCGACAAUAUCUAUGCAAUUGCCUAUUCCAAAAUCUCCAUGCAGCCACGACGAGAGCAAUUGUAGCAAAGUCUAUUGCUUCAACACGUCUCCUAAUCGUCCGUGUUCGAUUCCUGUUUAUCCGGCCAGCGUUGCUCAGUGCUCUUCGCCGUUUGUCCACCAACCAAACUCAUACGUAUGUCUGUACGUGCCAACUGAAACACCUACUUAGUAUUAACGUGACGUUUUCGAUUUUUUUUGCAAAAUUUUUCACGUAACUUGAGGACGGCAAUUAUGAUGCGGUCAUAUCGACUUAACGUUUGAAUACAUCCUCAAUUUUAUUUUAUUCAACUUUAUAAGUAUUAUGAUGAUUUUAUUAUUAUAGUAAUAAUUGUAUUAUUUUUAUUAUUUCUUUAUCCUACUUAGAAUUUAAUAAAAACUUAAUAGUUUUAUAUACAUAUAUAUAUAUAUUUAUUAUAAUAUGUAAAGCGUCUCAA